ACGUGAAUGCAGCACCAGACUAAAGCAGCCGCUUGCCGAGGUCUGUUGCCAAUGACAGCCCCCUGCUAGCUAAAGUCAUGGCGCUUUUCAAACAAAGUUGUUGUGUAGCUGGCCGUUUCUCUACAAACCAUCUAUGGCUGAGUCCCAGAUGCAUCCCACAUGUUUACAUCAGCAGUCUGACAACUGUGGCGGAGUCCUCCCCAGACCGGGCUUACAGAAAGAAGGAGCUUCUGAGUGAUAACGGGCCUGAUCUACAAGACUUCAUUUCAGGUGAACUGUCGGAGAAAAGCAAGUGGGCAGAGUACAGAGGCAACCUGAAGAGAGAGAAGGGGGAGAGGCUGCGGCUUCCUCCAUGGCUGAAGACAGAGAUCCCCAUUGGAAAAAACUACAACAAGCUGAAGAACACACUGAGAGAACUCAACCUGCACACGGUGUGCGAGGAGGCCAGGUGUCCUAACAUUGGGGAGUGUUGGGGUGGAGGAGAGUACGCCACAGCCACAGCCACCAUUAUGCUGAUGGGGGACACAUGUACCCGUGGGUGCAGGUUCUGCUCUGUAAAGACGGCCCGUCGGCCCCCACCCCUGGACCCAGACGAGCCCUACAACACAGCCAAGGCCAUCGCUGCCUGGGGGCUGGACUACGUGGUUCUCACCUCAGUUGACAGAGAUGAUAUUGCAGAUGGAGGGGCAGAGCACUUUGCAAAGACUGUCUCUAACCUGAAGGAACGGGACCCUGAGAUGCUGGUUGAAUGUCUGACCCCUGAUUUUCGUGGUGACCUGGCAGCAGUGGAGAAAAUCGCCCUGUCGGGGUUAGAUGUGUAUGCCCACAAUGUGGAGACUGUGCGAGAGCUGCAACGGCACGUGCGUGACCCCAGAGCAAACUUUGACCAGUCUCUGAGCGUCCUGAAGCACGCCAAAAAGGUCAAACCCACUGUGCUCACCAAGACGUCCAUCAUGCUGGGACUCGGGGAGACCGAACAACAGAUACUCAACACCUUGACUGAGCUGCGAGAGGCAGGAGUGGACUGUCUAACGCUGGGUCAGUACAUGCAGCCCACUAAACGCCACCUAAAGGUGGAAGAAUACGUCACUCCAGAGAGGUUUGCCUAUUGGGAGAAAGUUGGGAAUGAUAUGGGUUUCGUUUACACAGCCAGCGGACCACUGGUGCGAUCCUCCUACAAAGCGGGCGAGUUCUUCCUGAAGAAUCUGCUGAACAAGAAAAAAGCCACUGUAACAGAAUGAAAAGCACGAAACCAGCAGCUUUAAGAAGAGCUCUCCCUUUAAUCUCGCCCUACCUGUAACUACAAACAUGUACAGCCACAAACUAACCAUAAUGCAGCAUUCUAGUACAUUUAACAUACAGUAUGAGUAGUAACACAAGGUGUGCAAGUCAAAAAGCAAGGCAGGUGGCAUUCAGUCAGGGUUGAGAAGUGACAUUAACAAGACUCACGUAAGUACAAGGACCAUUCCUUUACGCUUCGUCUUUGACAAGCCACACGUCCAUAUUUAAGGGAGAGGACAUCAAAGAGAACAGCAAUUGUAGGCCUGCAGAUAUUUAGAUAAUCUAGGUACAGACUGUGUAACCCUGCCAGGAGAAAAUACAACCUGUAAUUUGUAGUAUCCACCAUGAACUCCCUCCCCUCAGGGUGCUUGGACUUCUGGUAAAGAGCUACUGACCUUUAUCUGAGAGCUCUUUGAUGUCUGCUGCUUCAGGGCUGGUGAUUUAAUGAAGCAAGAGGUUUUCUUUUGUCCUGAGGGCUCAAGGGGGGAAAGUAUGUAUAACACAAUAACAAAUCUAAGGUUGCCGAAGACACCAUCAAAUGUUCAGUUUUAAAUUUCGAUUACAUUAGAAAAAGUAUGAUUCAAGCCCAAAUCGGCCUUUUGUGAGGUACAUUUAUCACAAGGGGUGCUUUUACUUCGAGGUACUUUUGACAUCUCUGUACCUCAAACUGUACUUUUUCUAACGUAAUAAUUAAUUCAUAUUUUACAUCUGGAUAAGAAAGAUGAUUUGCACACUGUUUGAAAAAAAAACAAACAAAUGUAAUUUAUAUUUAAAGAAUUAAAACUCAACAAUU